AUGACGUCAUCAAUUGUCGCCCAAUCACUGCUCGCCGUCGCUCUUCUCUCCGUCGCCAUGGUCGACGCGGCGCCGCUGGUUAGUCACCGCUUUCUUUUUUGUCCCCAAAAAUGGCUUUAGGCUUCUAAGCUUGGACCCGAAUGAGUCCAAGGCCAUGGCCUUGGAACCUAAAAUUCUAGGCCACCUUCCUGUUAUUUACUAUUGUGCUCUCUAAACUUGUUUUUUUUUCAUAAAAACCUGUGGUUUUUGGUGGCCAACCCCAUUGUUCGAGAACUUCUUUUUUGUUUUCCCCAUGCGCACAUGUCAUUAUAAUACUUUUCUUUCAAGUGGCCUCGGGGGUUUCUAGGCCGCGGCCUAGAAAACCAAAAACCGCACUUCUAGGCCAUGUGAGUUCACACUUGAAGUGAUCGGAUGUUAAGGUUGACCAAUUUCCCGAUGACUCAAUUUUCUCUCGCUCGUGAUUUCAUUACAUUCGGUUCGUUGGUCACUUGUUGACUCAGUGGCCUAGAAAUUUCAAUUUCGGAUUUCUAGGCCAUCAGAUUCUUCGGCCGUGGCCUAGAAAUUCAAGAUUCGCCGCAUUCUUUCGUUGAAUUCCCACUAAAUUCGCAUUCUGCUCCCUAAAAUGACCUUUCGUUUCGUGGAAAAGCUCAAAAAUCGGAUGAAGCCAUGAAAAAUGAAUGGAAAAAUGCAUUUUAAUUGGAUUUUGAACCAUAAAAUGAAGGGCUUUUUCGGCGGAUUUGUCUGGAUUUAAGAAUCAGAAAUUCUCUCGGUUUGGAGAUUGAAAUUCGAUGGAAAUGGCGGUUUUGAAUUUCCGCCGAAUUAGGUUCGGACCCUGCCAGAAAAACGGCGAUUUUCUCACGCAGAAAGAACGAGUAACAAACUAAAAAUCUUCAAAGAAGCACCGAGAACCAUCGUAAAGUACCGUAAUCCUUCCGGUCCUCUUUCACCACGCAUUUCCCGUUGCGUCAACGGAAAUGAGUAAAAUAACACAGGAAAUGUGCGCUGAUGAUGAUGAUGAUGGCCUAGAAACCCAAAUUUGGAUCUCUAGACCAUUUGACCACAUUUCUCACGUCAAGAUGAUUCUUUGCGAGGGUGCAGUGAGGAGAGGGGGAAAGUUCGGCCCCCGUCCCGUGAAAUGUCGGCUGCUCGUUUCGCCGGCCGGCGGCGCGCCCUCCACGCCUUUUUCCCCGUGCGCCAAACCUUCAGAUGCGUGCUGUUCGAAUAAUACUGAGUCAUUUUUCCUAAUUUUUUGCGAAUGAGUUCAUCAUAAUGAACUCCUUUCCAAAAAAUCAAGUGAAAUGAAUCGAUAUUCGUGUGCGUCCCGCUAUUUCUCAUACUAUUUCGCCAAACAAAACUGCGAACUCACAGCUUCUGCGUAAAACUCUCUAGAAAGUCAGAAUUUCUCAACUUUACCACAAAAUUUCAAAUUUUCCUUGUUAUUCCAACGUAUUUUCAGUUGCUCGGCCCCCUGGCCUAACUGGCGUGGCCUAGUAUUUCUAGUUCAGCCGGCGGACUCGUCACCGUGCAUGUUAUUCGACACACUUGUUGAGGGGAAAUGCGAUCCGCGCAGGGAAAAGCAGAGAUUGUUGCGAAAUUUGAGCAUUUUUGCGCGCUUCUUUUAUAUGAUUUUCAGAAAAACGCCUAAAUUAAUGCAAAUCAAACACAUAUAAUUUCGCAAUUCUCGCAUAACACUUGCUCAGCGCCCAAGUGGUCAACGGCCUUCGCGAGAGCACAAAAAGGGACGAAAAUGCAAUUAUUUUGCGGGAAAGAUAUUGUUAUUUAUAAGGGCGCGCGGCGGUUAUUCACUCCAUCCAGAAGGGGUCCGAAAACAAUGAAAUAGUGGAAUGGGAAUGGCUGGGGACCGACAAUUUCAAAAAAAAAAAAUCCAACAAAUUUCAGGAGUCGACAAAAAGCGCGUCGAAAGGGACGAAGACGGUCAGUUCGACGGGCAAAACAAAGGGAUACGGUGCGUUUAUUUGCCUUUUUUUAGUGCUUCUAGGGCCCCUCAAGGGACUCAUUCUGAUUAGACACAACGGAAUAACAUUUGCGAUACUACUUAUACAAUUACUUGUUUGCAGUUCCGGCGCCGAAAUCGUUGCGACGUGGCAAAAGAAACGUGAUUUUGGAGGAGAUUCCCGAUGGGAUUCCGGCCGUUUUGGGCUCCGAAGAGGAUGUGCUCCGCGAGCAACUCGCCGGUCAGUUUCUUCAACGUUUUGUCCCAUUGUUUGUAUCGAUUUUUCGCUUGCCGAGUCAAUAUUGUGUGAGACAUGAAAAUGUGCUCGGCCAAACGUUGAAUUCAUUAUUACUUUUUUGCGAGCCGGCCGCAAAAACAACAAAUUCAAUUAUUUUCCGACGUUACGACGGCCGCAAACAGCUGCAUUUCAAGUGUCAAUGUUUGAACUUGAAAAAGUGGGAAAAGCCGCAUAAUUGGUGUGGGAAAAGUGAAGAAAAAUGCGUUUUUUUUUCGAAAACACUCUGUAUGAUGACGUGAUUGAGGGGGAAAAUGGAUGGAUGAGCAAGAGAAAGUAAUAUGAUAAUCCUAUUUGUGCGGGCCUUAGCCUAAGCCAUUUUCUCGAUAAAUUGCAUUUUGAUGUUCGCACGAGACCGCUCUCAAAUUGUGCACUUUUAGCUAAAGGACAAAAACUAAAAUGUAAUUUAAAUUGUUGCCAAUUCUCCAAAUGGCGGCGUUUCUCGUCUCUCAAACAUCAAAAGUUCGGCCUUUUCAGUCAUUUUCAGCCUUUCAAAAAAGAGAUGGAAAUGAAUAAUUUCCAGUUUUUGUGCUCUCCUCCCCAUCCAUCUUCAUCCCCUUUUCCCCCAUCGCCUCCGGAUAUUGACCACUCAAAAAACGCAAUAAAAUGGAUGAGAGCAGAAGAAGAAGAAGAAGAAGAAGGCACAAAAACCAAACGAAUAAUAUCGGGACGGGGGAGAAAUGAGAUUUUAGAUGCAUUUUUGGGGAGCCAACAAAAAUGUAGAUAAAUUCUCUAGAAGAAUUGUCGCUUUUCAACGACAUCAAACUAGAACACACGUCUGAAAGUUUAAAAAAAUUGCAGAUUUGAGCGACGCUCAGCUGGCGGUCCUUGCCGAAAUUGUGCAAAACGAAAUCGAUCAAUACAAUCCGGAAGCCAUCGAAGCCUACGAAAUCGUCGAGCUCCCCGAGUACAGUACGUUCGAAUUCCGAAUUAAAACACAUGUGGAUCGAUCGAACGUUUCAGUAACCGGCCCGCCGAUGGAGUACAUGCCGCGCGACCGCCGUUCCGUGCCCGUCUUCGAGGCGUUCGAUGAGAAUGACCUUCCGGAACAAUUCGAACAGAAUCAGGAGGUACUGGCAAUUGUGAGAAACAUGCAACAAAAAAAAAUGGGGGCAAAACUUUUGAUGAAUUAAAUGAAUAUGUGUGUUUUCAGAUAAUCUUCGUGCCGGAGGAGGCUGUUCUGGAAGCGGAAGAGCAGGACGAGUUGGAGCUCCGUCAGAGGAUAGCCGAAAUCGCGACGAUUCUGAACGAGCGCGCGACGCGCAGAAUCCGAUUCAUCUGA